UAUGGUUCGAGUAUUGUUUCUGCACCCAGAUUUGGGAAUUGGAGGUGCUGAACGUGCUGUAAUAGAUGCAGCAUUGGCACUGAAAUCAAAAGGCCACCAAGUGCAAUUUGUGACUGCCCAUCAUGACCCUUCACACUGUUUUCAAGAGACCAAGGAUGGAACUUUAAAAGUUACAUGUGUUGGAGAUUGGCUUCCACGAAAACUCUUUGGCAGAUUCUAUGCACUGUGCGCUUACAUUCGAAUGAUCUAUGCUGCACUGUAUGUUGUCAUUAAUCCCUUUCUGCAAAUUGAUGUUGUUUUCUGUGACCAAAUAUCUGCAUGUAUUCCAGUGCUCUUACUAUCCUCUGUCAGAAUUUUGUUUUACUGUCAUUUUCCUGAUAUGCUUCUUACCAAAAGAAAAAGUUUUUUAAAGACAUUGUACAGAAAACCCAUUGACAAGCUGGAAGAGUACACCACUGGUUUGGCUCACAAAGUCCUUGUGAACAGUCAUUUUACAGCUGGGAUAUUUAAGGAUACUUUCAAGUCACUGAGUCAUGUGCAGCCUGCAGUUUUGUAUCCAAUACCCGACUUCAAUACCCUGAAAAAACCAGUAGACAAGGAGUUUAUGGCAACUCUUCCUCAAAAGCCAUUCUUAUUCCUUUCCAUCAAUAGAUAUGAAAGAAAAAAGAAUAUUUCCCUGGCAGUGAUGGCUUUUGAACUUCUGGUAGAGAGGCACGGAAACUCUAAAUGUCACCUCAUAAUUGCUGGAGGUUAUGAUGAAAGAGUGACAGAAAACAGGGAAUACUACAAAGAACUGAAAGACAUCGUGGAGAAAAAGGGGCUUACAGAAAAUGUUAGUUUUCUCAGAUCAUUUUCUGAUGCAGAGAAACGUUCCUUACUGUCCAGUGCCACAUGUUUACUGUACACACCAGAAAAUGAACAUUUUGGAAUUGUACCAAUUGAGGCCAUGUAUUUACAGUGUCCAGUUAUUGCUGCAAACAGUGGGGGACCUCUGGAAACUAUUGCAGAUGGGGAGACAGGCUACUUGUGUGAUCCUGCACCUGAUGUAUUUUGUAAUGCUAUGAGUAAAUUUCUGACCAGUGAAAACUUGCACAAGAAGCUGGGAGAGGCUGGGAAACAGAGAGUGAUAGAAAAAUUCUCUUUCGAACAGUUUACAGAGCAGCUUUGCAAUAUUAUUGAAGAUCUUAUGCAAGACAAAUCUCACAAUAUUUCCCCGAUCUGGAUUCUGACAAUCAUUUCUCUUGUUGUCAUACUAUUCAUUGCCAUAUUUCCUUGGUUUUAAUCAAAGAGUCAAAGAUUGACAAUUGGGGUUCAGCACUAGAUCUUAGGCAGUAAACUUUGAUUAAAAUGCAACACAGAAUACUGUGGUUGACUGGGGUUGAGAGCAACAGUUGAUCUGUCAGACCAGUGUGCAGAAGGCCAUGGGCAACAGUUUGCACUACAAUCUGACAGAUCAACUAUUGCCCAAGACCCCUGUCAACAAACUGUUUUGUUAUACCCAUAAUAUAUAUAUAUAUAUAUAAAAACUUUAAAUACAUGUAUGACAGUAUCAUUAUGUUAUACAGUAAUAAAUCAAGAUUAUUUUUAUCUGUUCCAAUGCAGCACAGAAAAUGUCAUGGUCUUUUGCAUUCUUAAACCCUGCAACUUAUAUUAAAUUUAAAAAUCA